GGUCGGGGGCGGUGUCUCGUUUUUGCUCCCAGCCGGGCUCCGGGGUCAGCACAGCCUCUGGACUGAGCCGCUGAGCCGUCUGUCUCAGUAAAGAUUUCUUGUCUUGAACCUGAAGAUACCUUCUUGAACAAGAAAGUUGUAAAGCGUGACUUCACAUCAUUGAGUGGGAAGAACGUAGCCCAGCCAAUAUGUUCUAAUAUGAGAUAGGCUGAAGGCUGUGGAGUAUUCUUGGCAAUAGACUGGAAAUAAGGGGCAGAUGGCUAAUAAAGUUUUUAGAGGCUGCCAUCAACAUGCCAACCCAGUAAAACCAAAAGCUGGUCAGUUUUCAAGGUCUGGGGGAGAAUAUCCACUGCUUACUGGGUGUUGAGCUUGAGAGAGCCAGCCCUCACUAAGAGAAGCGUUACCUUACCCACCACCUUUGUUCACGGCUCAAUGGAGUUUGCGACAGCCUUGGCAGACCUCCAAGCAGAGGCUAGCUGUCCCAUCUGUCUGGACUACUUGAAAGACCCAGUGACUAUCAACUGCGGACAUAACUUCUGUCUCUCCUGCAUCAGUAUGUCCUGGAAGGAUCUACAUGAUAGUUUCCCCUGCCCUUUUUGCCACUUUUGCUGUCCAGAAAGGAAAUUCACGAGCAAUCCCCAGCUGGGUAAUUUGACUGAAAUUGCUAAACUACUCCAAGUACGAAGAAGCAAGAGGAAGAGGCGUGAAGAGAAACUUGUAUGUGAGAUGCACAAUCAGAUUCCGACCUUUUUCUGUCAGAGGGACCUAAAGGUUUUAUGUCCUCAGUGCAGUUUCUCCACUGAUCACCAGCAUCACUAUGUUUGGCCCAUAGAAAAGGCUGCCCCCUAUCAUAGGAAAAAACUGGAGCACAACAUUAAACUAUGGAAGGAGAGAGUGGAACAAGUUGAAAAAGUGAUAACUAUGCAAACCAAAAAAUCGAUGGAACUGAAAAAAAAGGUAAAACAUAGGAGAGAAGAAGUAAAGUCUGAAUUUGAGCAACUUACAUUAUUUCUCCAAAAUGAGCAAGAGGCUGUUCUUAGGCAAUUACAAGAUGAAGAGAUGGACACUUUAGCAAAACUAAAUGAAAACCUAACAAAAUUUUUAAAUCAUACCUCCUCAUUAAAAUAUCUAUUAAAGGAAAUAGAGAACAAAUAUGUGAAGUCAGAACUGGAAUUACUGGCAAGUGUUAAGAAUAUCUACCACAGAUAUAAAAACUUAAAAUGCCCUGAACUUUUUUCAUUCAAAUUAAAAGAAUAUGGUUACCGUCUUCCUCCACAAUUUUCUGGCCUAAACAAAAUUAUGAAGGUAUUUCGUGAUGUAAUUCUAGAUCCUGAAACAGCGCAUUGUAAACUUAUUGUCUCAGAAGAUAGAAGAACUGUGCAAUAUGGAAAUACAAAGCAAAACUUACCUCAUAAUCCAAAGAGAUUUUAUCUCUUCCCAGCUGUCCUGGAUACUAAGGGAUAUAAUUCUGGCAGGCAGUACUGGGAGGUAGUAGUCAAAGAUAAGCCUGAAUGGAUCAUGGGUGUCUGUAAAGAGUCUCUUCCCAGAAGGAGGAAGAGACACAAUCAAUCAAUUUUAGUACAGGAUGGAUUAUGGGGAAUUGGGCAAUGUGGUCAGAAUAAUUAUAUUGCAUUGGGUCCUAAGAAAAUUAAUCUUCUGCCAAAAGUAAUACCUAGUAAGAUUGGCAUUUUUUUAGACUCCGAAAUGAGCGAGGUUUCCUUUUACAAUAUGAAUGAUAGAUCUCUUCUUUAUACUUUUAAUGAUUGUUUUGCAGGAGCACUUUGGCCUUAUUUCAAUACUGGAAAUGACUCAAAACCUCUUAAAAUCUGUACAUUAACAGAUUCUGAAUGAGGAACUAUUGGAAAACUUUCUUUUUCUUUCAGUUAGUGGACAUAACCAGUGAAUCUAGCCUUGACAAUCCUGUAUUUUUUUCAGUUUUUCCUAUAGAUAACGAGAAUAAUUUUUAUCUCAGUUUCAGCAGCUUCUAAAAAAUGUGGUUAUAGUGCCUAUUUUAUAGAUAAAUUAUGGGGUCCAAUUGCAAAGUGCUUUAGAAAUUCUAAAAUAAAAUACUUGAAAAUGUGUUACUUAAGAAAUGUAAUACUCUGGGCCGGCCCAUGGCUUACUUGGGAUAGUGUGGUGCUGAUGACACCAAGGCCACGGGUUCGGAUCCCUAUAUAGGGAUGGCCAGUUAGUUCACUUGGGAGAGCGUGGUGCUGACAACACCAAGUCAAGGGUUAAGAUCCCCUUACUGGUCAUCUUUAAAAAAAAAAAAGAAGAAGAAGAAGAAAUGUAAUACUCCAGUAAUUGCCAAUAAAAGCCCAGUAAUAUGUUUUGUAUUAAUUGCCUACAUAUUUUUUCUUUAAGAAAAAUUAAGUCUUUA